UUCAUUACACUUGUGAGAAUGAGAGAGAAUCAGCCACGGGAAGGAAAAAUAAUGACAGUAAUGUUUCCAUGACGCUCGUGCUUGGUUAUAUGAGGGGCGGAUCAUCUUUAACUGGUGACAUAAUUCGUUAUAACCACGGAGAAUUUUACAUUUUUGAACCCCUACACGGACUGAUCGAACUAGCAAUCAAAAAAGAUAUACCAGUUAGAUUUCUGAACGGAACAUCAAGACGACUGACUCUAACCGAUACGACUGUUACUGAUAUGAUGGUUGACUUGUUAUACAACUGGUUUACAUGCAAUCUCUGUGAAAUAGAUUUACUCAGUUUGUCCAAUGAAUUUAUUCAUAUCUUCACACCAGAACACGAUGCAUAUUAUAACUGCAUACAGAACUCUCGGCAAAGAACUCCACUAAAUGAAUACGUAACCAAAUGUUUACCAUAUUUACAAGAGAAAUGUAUCAAAGCGAAAACAAGGACCUUGAAGACAAUUCGGUUUCCUAUGACCGCUGUGGAGACCUUGCUUAAGCGGCUACCAUCUUUAAAAGUGGUACAUUUAGUCCGUGAUCCAAGGGCUAUUUUACAAUCACAACUGGUGACAAAAUUAGCAAGUGUGGUAAAUUUUGAUAAAUAUUCAAUGAGUUUUUGUAACAGAAUGAGUGAAAAUAUUCAGUAUGAAAAACAGUUGUUGGUAAAUUAUCCUCAUCGAAUUCGAAGACUUGUAUAUGAAAAUCUCGCUAUCAACCCAAGAGAUGUAACCAAACGUUUAUAUGACUUCUUGUUUGCAAUUUUCGAUGAAAAUGUUGAGAAAUAUGUCAAAUCUUUAACAUCUGGACCAAUUGUACCUUGUGAAUAUUGUACAAAGAGAGGAAAUUCAACUGUCAAUGCAUUCAGAUGGAUGAAGAAAAUUCCAGCAAAGUAUUGUCGUCUUAUUGACAAAAAUUGUAUUGAUAUCUAUAGAGAGGUUGGAUAUAAGGAAAUGUCAUCUACUGAACUGAAUAGCAAGGAUAGAUCAUGGUACCCAAAUAAGUAUCAAACAAAUUUAACAUUAUAGAACACAGUAUUGCAUUAAUACAACGUUUUUGUUGAAUGCACAUAAAGCAGACCACAGA